UCUACCAACUGGUCUCUGAAAACCUAUUUAAAGCAGUCUGUCUUGUCUCAGCUCAGCAGUCUCCAGUCUACCAACUGGUCUCUGAAAACCUAUUUAAAGCAGCCUGUCUUGUCUCAGCUCAGCAGUCUCCAGUCUACCAACUGGUCUCUGUAACUUCAUCUUUGUCUCUGUGGUGUUCAGUCUUCAGGUGAUGAUGGGGGUAUUGAAUCAUCUCUCUACUCUCCUCCUCCUCUCUCUCCUUCCUCCUUCUCUCUCUCAUGUAGUGGGGAAGUUCAGUGAUGUUCCAGAGUGCAGUGAUUUCUUCCUGGAUCGGACAACUCCAAAUCUCCCGGAUAUUUUGGUUGGUGGGACAGUCAAGGACCAGAACCGCUACAAACCGAUUUGCCAGAAGUACAAGAACAGCUACAGGUUUGCAACUCUCUACGACACGAUCAACAAGAUCCCUGUGUUCUCAGCCUACACCUUCACUGGUGCUCCUACGGGCAGACCAAAUCCACCCUGGAUGAUCGAGCCCCAGCUCAACAACAUAAACAACAGCCCUAAAAUGAGUGAGGAUAAGGGACAGUCUCCAGAUCACCAGGCUGGGAACAACGACUAUAAGGACUCAAUAAAAGAAAAAGGGGUGAACAGAGGUCACCUCUUUCCAUGUUCACAUGCGAAUGACCUUGAAACUCAGAAGUCCACCUUUACCCUGACCAACAUCGUUCCCCAGGUGGUGUCCUUCAACGGGGGCAGCUGGGAGGAUAUGGAACAAAAUGUCAUAAAAACGCUUCAGAAGGACUGUCUUGAUAACAACGGGAAGAUAAAGGCCUAUGUGGUGACUGGAGCAGUGCCCAGUGAGAGCAACACACUGAAGAACCGAGUGAACAUCCCGGAUCUCCUGUGGACAGCCUACUGCUGUUACAACAGCAACCAGAGACAGUGGGUGGCCGAAGCACACUGGGGUGAGAACAUAAAUGAGAAAAAGGGGAAAACAUUGAAAACAGAAAGCUUGGGAGCACUCGAAAACAAGUUGAACAAAGGUGUCAAGGUGUUCCCAGAUCAGUGUCCAAGAGGUCUUAACCCUAACACUGCCCCCUCCUGGUUUGGAAGUAUUGUUUCCACACUGAGGAAUCUUAAAAAUUCUGUGAUGAAUAGAAUUGGAUGAUCUAGGUACAGAUGCUCACACCAUAUCAACAAACUAUCAACUAAACUCUGUUGAAAUGCUGUUGAUAUGCAAACACUUGUUAUGGUUAGAGUAAUGGUUAUGAGGGUUAUAAUGGUUAUGAGGGUUAUAAAGGGUAUGAGUGUUAUAAAGGUUAUAAAGGUUAUGAGGGUUAUAAAGGUUAUGAGGGUUAUAAUAUUAUGUGGGUUAUAAUAUUAUGUGGGUUAUAAUGUUAUGAGGGUUAUAAUGGUUAUGAGGGUUAUAAUGUUAUGAGGGUUAUAAAGGGUAUGAGGGUUAUAAUGUUAUGAGGGUUAUAAUGGUUACAUGUCAACAUCUGUAUACUUUCAAUUGAAAUACUUUCUGUAAAAUCUGCAGUCUGUUACUUGUAAUGCUAUUUUCCUUGUUAA